AUGUCCGCACAAAGUCCCGACUUCGACACUAGCGAGACCACAAUGGCGGCAGCAGCGGUGGAUGGUCAUACAAUCGACUCAACGAACAGCAGCGAGCAGAUAAAAUUGAACGAGAUCCUUCCCGAUAAGGAAGAUGGCGUUGCAGCUGAACAAGUCGGUGAUGAGCCCCAGUACGAGACAGGCUGGCGGUUGGGGGCCGUCAUGACCACCAUCUUUUUGACCACGCUUCUUGCAGCCUUGGAUAUUGGCAUUGUCGCUACAGCAAUUCCAGCCAUUACCGACGAAUUCCGUCAACUCGACGAUGUUGGCUGGUAUGGAAGUGCUUGUUUUCUCCUAGUCGGCACCUCCUCGCCGAUGUGGGGUAAACUUUACAAAUACCUUCCAACCAAGCUCAUUUAUCUUGCCUCUGUGGCAUUGUUCUUGAUCGGGAGUAUUGUUGCUGCAACAGCACCGAAUAGUCAAGCCUUGAUAGUUGCCCGAGCUCUCCAGGGCUGGGGAUGUUCUGGUAGUCUCGGUGGCUCGGUUCUCAUGAUCAGCUAUGUAGCGGAGCCUAAGAAACGUCCAAUGCUGAUCGGCCUCUGGAUGGGCGUCUUCAUGUGCUCGACUAUCGUGGGCCCUCUCAUUGGUGGCGCCUUUACGAGCGAAGUUACAUGGCGAUGGUGUUUUUGGAUCAAUUUGCCGGUUGGAGGUCCUGUUAUACUUCUGGUGUUGCUCUUCUUCCGCGUACCAAAGCAUAUCAAACCGGCCCCAGCCACCAAAAAGGAGAUUCUGCUGCAGCUUGAUCUCCCGGGAUUUACUCUGCUAGUCACUUCACUCGUCUGCUUUACCUUGGCCCUCCAAUGGGGCGGGCAGAGCAAGGCAUGGAGUGACGGCUCCGUAAUUGCCACCUUGGUUCUAUGGGUUGUGUUAACCAUUGCGUUCGUCAUCACCGAGUGGUGUUCGGGUGCUUACGCUAUGGUACCUUUGAGUCUACUGAAACCACGCAUGACAUGGACCAAUGCCUUGUACGGUUAUAUCGAAAACUGCGCCAACUUCCAAGUCCUAUUCUAUCUUCCCAUUUACUUCCAGUCAAUCCACGGCCAGUCGGCUAUUGCGAGCGGCGUCAACAGUCUUCCGUUUUUGGCAUUCUUUGCCGUCGGCUCCUUGCUCAGCGGUUUCCUUAUCAUGAAGACUCGCCUUCUCCAACCCUACGAGCUGGCGAGCGGAUUGCUAGCUGCUGCCGGCGCGGCCUUGCUCUAUACUCUAGAUCUUGACUCUUCUAAAGCUCGGUAUAUCGGGCCCCAGGUCAUUUUCGGGUUUGGCCUCGGCCUCGGUAGCCAGAUUCCGAUGACGGCACUUCAGGCUUUCUCCAAGCCUGAAAACGUGGCAUCGACCACGGGUAUCAUGCUCAUGUGCAACUCCAUUAGCGGUGCCUACUUCGUUACAGCAGCACAAUCCAUCUUCGCCAACCGCCUUUUGCAGAGACUUGCCAGUAGUGCCCCCAAUAUUGAUGCAGCCAUGGUCCUUGCCACGGGAGCAACUGACAUUCAUCGCGUCUUUAGUGGUGGAGAUCUUGUCGCUGUACUCGAAGCUUACAUGAGCGGGAUAAAAGAUGUCUUUGCUUUCUCUAUGGCUGGUGCAGCGGUAACUGCCGUCAUCGCCCUCGUGAUACCCUUCAAGAAGGUGCCUAGUAACGAAAGCAGGAAGACCGAAGAGAAGGUAGCGACUGCUGCGCAACUUUGA